AUGAAAAAAACAUUUUAUUCUUUUUUAGUGGUAGUUAUAAUUUCAAUUAUUGUGAAAGUAUCUAUUAAUCAACCAGCUUCAAAUAAUUGUAUAGAAUUUCCUAAUGUUUGCAAUAUUGAACAAACUUGUGUAAUUCAAAAUUCAACAGAAUAUUCUUGUUCAAGAAUUGCCGAAAUUCCAAUUUCAUAUCAUCAAGUAUCAGUAAAUACUCAUGAAAAUGGUGUAAAAUCAUAUCAAUACGAUGUUACCUUUAUUAAUAAUUCAAAAAAUAAAUUAAAAAAUGUUAGAAUUUCAACAGAAUGUAACUUAUAUUUAAAAGAUGGUAUUACAUCUUUUUGGAAUGUUGAUAGAUUCCCAAAUGGUGAUUUAAUAAUUAAAGAAGAUCAAAUAAUAUAUCCAAAUCAAAUGUAUAGUUUUGGCUUCAUUCUUAAAAACGAAAUUACACCAACAACUUUAAAAUUAAAAGCAAUAGAAAUUAUUCAAUAA